UUUUUUUUUCCUCAGCCGAUCUCCGUCUUCGAUUGGACGCGAGAAUUCUAACAUCUACUUUCCGACAAAUUUCCCUGAAACCCAAACAAGGGGAAGAGUUGAGCUUUGGGAUUUGCUGUAAUGGACGAGGUGGUGGAGGCAGUAGAGAAGGCGAAACAGGAAUGGGAGGAAGCUUAUGCUAAGACGCAGAUCCACAUAAAAUCGAUCGAAGAGUAUCGCAAAUCCGGAGAUGGUAUCGAAGGAGCGUCCUCGCAGGAAAAGAAUUCGCUUCCCAGAUUGAACGGCCUGGCGCAAGAUGGAUUGGCGCUGCUCCAGUCGCUGGAAUUCAAGCUCGAUCUCUUGGCUCCGCAGUUGCCCGCCGACGAUCAAGUUAAAUCGGCGCAGUCGCUGCUCGAAUCCUGGAAGAAACAGUCCCAUAGCUUGCGGCUGAGUUUGAGGAAUGCCAAUUUGCAAGCAAAGGCUAACCUAAGGAAGGCUGCACAGGAUGAGGUAUUACUCAUCAAGAAAAUUGCUUUUGGGAGGUGGAGAAGAGUCCACAGCUCGCAGGCGAAAUCUACAGUACGUAACAUGACAAAGGCUGGGAUGACAUCUGCAGCUGAAAGCAUUACAGAAAGCCUUAGGCGCACUCGGCAGCUGAUGGUUCAGUGGUGGGCUGGUGGUGGGAGCUCUAGCUUGCUGUCUGAAAUUCUUUCUUGUUCCUUGUUUCAGGAGGUGGAAAGAAGUUCUAACACACUUAUGACUUUUGACGAAUCUACCGGGGUGUUGAGAAAGGCUGAAAGUGAGUACAAGGGCCAUCGCUCAUUGUUGAUGCGAACAAGAAACCUACUGUCCACUAUGCAACGACAUGAUGUUAUCGACAGAUUGGUGAUUGCUGUGGGAUUCUUCUUGUUCUCUUGUGCUGUACUUUAUGUGGUCUCCAAGCGCAUUGGGCUACUCAGGCUGCAGAGAACGGUAACUGCUGCAAUUAAGGCAGGGAUGGCUGGAAAAGGGGGGCGUGAAGCAGUUGAAGAAGGCAUUAAGAAUCUCGCUCGAAUCCCCCAAAAUGCUGAUCCGCAAGGUCUGUUGAAGCAUGCCAUGCAUGAUGAACUUUAGACUUCCUAGGGUUAUUAAUUUCUUCCUUGGCUUGUAUUGUUUCGCCAUACCCUUACCAGUAAAUGUUUCCUGUAUGGUUGAAUCGCUUAGAUCACUCUUGUCUUGAGUUUGAUAUAUGCAUAUUUGCUAAAUCCUUACUGAACAAGGAAAACGGGAUUGAAGUAAAUACAACAAGAUUAUGCAAGUUAGAGUCCCAUUUCUGUUUCCUCUUUCUCUGUUGGAUAUAUAUAACCCCCAUUUUCACUUGGAAAAGAAGUGGGGAAGAAAAGGAAUGAGAAACAUCUAUAUAACCCCCAUUGAUUCAUUGAUUGUUGCAAGGUAUUGAACAAAGCUUGAGAAUCAACUAAAAAUUGGAGAUGCUCCCCUGUGAUCAUGUUGUUUCUGGGCAAAACACAAUAAUAUAUUUACUCACCGAGUCGGAUGAGAAACGAAAACGAACAAUUCGUAAUUUUUAGGGUUUAAGAAAAAACUUCAAUUACCAAACAGGAAAUUGAUGAUUUGAAUACCUCCAAAAAAAAGCAUACAUUAUGAUUUAUGUAUAUGAAUUAACAGGAGGUUGGGUUAUGGUUUAGGUUAUGCAAGUAGCCAGAAGUUCUUCUGGGUCUUUGUAUUCAGCAGGUAUCCUCCAGUCUGUCCCUUCUUCUGCACUGCCACACAAUUGCACUUGCUGUACUCGAUCAAAUACUCCGCCGUGUCCAUCGACUUCGGCCCUAGCCCUCCUGGCUUCUUGUAUUUCGUGUUCCCUAACAAGACGCUGGAGAGGCUCUUCUUCUGGCCGAUGAUGAGAUGGUCGACGCCCAUGGCGGUGCUCUUGAACAGGAUGACGCUGGCCUUGUCCUUGGCACCCAUCUGCAGCCUCUCCACCGUCACCUUCAGCCGCGGCCUGGCCGCCUCGCACAGCUGCCUCAUCGCCUCCAAGAAAUCAACCUCUCCCUCCACCAUCCCUUCCCCGCCCGACGAGGACUGGUUGCUGUUGUUAAGGCUGCUGUUGUUGUUGUUGUUGACGGCGGGGAUCAAGAUUCCGGUCCGGCGGAGGAAGGAGAAGGAGAAGGUGUUCUUCCAGGAGUUCUGGGUCUCGACGUGGACCAGGAUCAGCUCGUCCUUCUCGGUGACGACGUGGGACAAUGCGUACUGAAGGGCGCCGGCCGCUUCCCUGCUGGGGUCGACCACCACCAUGACUUUCCUCGUCGUCGUGUCGCUUCCCAUUUUCGCCGAGCUGCCGCAGCUGCAGACGCCUCCUUCAAUCGCCACCGUCAACCCCCAUAGGUGCAGAUAAAACAGGGGUCGAGGCAGGGCUUCUGUUGCUGGAAAACAGAGGUCCAGAGGGAUUGGAUUGAUUUCUUGUUUCAGGCAAAGAUGGUUCCUUUCGUUUUUUUUUUUUCUGUUUGUUUUUGCUAUUGUUGGUUGGUUCUUGGGGGGUUUCUGUCCCCAAGUCAAGAAAAUGGAGAGAGGAGAGGAAAAUUAGCAACUUAACAAAAACUGUUCCUCCCAAAUUUGAUUGAAGGAAGAGAGACAGGUAGAAAUGCAGAGGAAUAGUUUUAGUUGAAGCUAAAUUUGGGUUUAGGGUAGUUUCUUUGUUGUUAGAACAGAGCUCCAUAAUCCACCUGCUGGACCUCCCUGACUUGGUCAAUUCCCAAACUCUGCUCCUCUCAUUUUCGGAUUUUUUCCCCUCUGGUUCUUUUUUGGAAUGGGGAAAGGGGAAGAGAUGGCUCUUGUUUGUAGGUAUUGUGGGAUAAUUAGUUUUGUACGGAUUUUGUUGAUCAGAUGAAUUUUGGUUAUCAUUUAUAUUAACCAAUUCAUCAUAAUGUAUAAUUUAUUUUGGGAUCUUUAUAAUCUU